UGCCACACGGUGGAAAGACGCUACUUUAGCAACCCCUGCCACCGUAAACCGGAGCCCUUUUAUUUGGUCCAUUUAAAGUCCAAAUAGACGCCGCGGGUGGCUUUGAAUUUGCAUAAUUGGCCUAUGACGCAUUUCCAUCAUGGGCAAAGAAAAACAUGAAAAAUACAACUAAUUUGUUUAUAAAUACAAAUGAACUUUAUUCUGUCACUUCUGGGGUCCUAUUAUUUAUUUCACAAAGAAAACAGAGCUGCCUGUUAGAUGGGCGGAGGGCCCCACGGAAGCACCCGCUGUUCGUUGAGCGGAGCGACAUGUGCUUUUAAGUCCGACUUGGAAAAUAAUUUACAGAAGGUCGCCAAUUAUGUCAAUAAUCACUGUAAAGAAAUGUGACUCAUUUAAAUUCAGUAACAAUAGUCCCAAUGUAAAUACAAGCUACUAAUAAAGUCCUGCAAUGGACUACAAUAUUCUCACAAAAAACAAGUUGUGGAAGUGUAACUAAAAAAAAAAAAAACAAAUAUUAGUGCAGCAGCCCCCCACCCUGCAGGCCUGACUCCAUCUUUUAAUAUUAAUGUGUCUGACUGCGGCUCCUGAGUUGCUUAGGAACAAGAGAACAUCAUACUUUUUUUAAACGCAGUACAGGAAAGGCCAUUGAGUUUAGUUUAGUUCAUUACCCACAUUCAGUCCAUCCGUUUUCUACCGCUUAUACUCACUAGGGUCGCCGGUGUGCUGGAGCCUAUCCCAGCUGUUUUUGUGGGGGAGAGGCGGGGUACGUGACGACAUUUGUAGGUAAGUGCUUUAAAGACACAUGACUAGUUUUGUUCAUCAUAUGACCUUUAAUCUCCAUGCUAACAGUAUUAGUUCACCCAGCCAGAAUAAGCACUUGUUGGUCAUUUCUUUGCAAGGUAAGCAUAGCAACAUAAAACUAGCAUACAAUGUUGUUGUUUUUUAGCAUAACAUGCCAUUAAGAUUACAUUUUAUAUUUACAUAAUAAUAAUUUUUUCCCACUGUACAAAUACUGUGUAUUUUCCAAGUACCCCCAUUUGAGAAGCUCAUGAUGACGUCACACACGGAGUAUUGUGUCGUAAACAAAUCAAAACGCAGCCCCUGCCGCUCCAGGAAUGUGCCUCGUCAUCACACUCUUUCGCCCCAGGGGGGUUUGCUCCGUCCGGGGGAGGGGAGACGAGAGAGGGGAGGUCUCCCGGAGCCAGCCCUCACAGGCAGCAGCGGGGAUGCCACACGGGAGCCAUGCGGCGGGUCCGCGCGCUGCUCCGGCCCGACGCGGCUCUGCUCCUGGUCCCGCCGCUGCUGCUGCUGCUGCUCGCGCUGCAGAUCGGCGUGUUCGCACCGCGGCUGCCCGGCGGAGGCGCCACGGGCGGCGGGGAGGAGCCCGCGGUGGAGGUGGCUUUGUCCGUCAUGAGCAUCGAGCCGGGCAGGAGUUCUCGCGGGGAACGGACGCCGGUUCCUGCGGAGGAGUCACCACAGGAGGAGGAGGUCACGCGAGCUUACGAGGACGAGAACGAGAUGAAUUCACGGCAGGAUGGACCCAGGACGUUGGAGCUGCAGCCUUGGGCCCAAGACCAGCCGUCUUUCUCUGCAGAGCUCAGCCGCAUCGUCCUGCAUAUCACCAGACCGCAGUUGAACUGCUCCAGGGUCCUCUCCCCGGGUCAAGUUCAGGCGUCCCACCCCCCUGCAGCCUCGCCUCACCCUUGGCUGCUGUGUGCCGAGGAGUGGCUGCUUCCUGCUGCAGACAUGCCCAUGGACGCGGGAGACGCCGACUUUCUAAAGACGGUGUCUGGGCUGGGCUGCCAAGUCCACAGCUUUGAUCCGAGCAACGCUGCAGCAUCUGGUGGUCGCCGUGGCAACGGUUUGGCCGGUCGCCACGGCGAUGGCGGCACGACCACGACCACUCAGCACAGGAUGUGGCUGGAGUGGCGAGCGGCGAGGAGGCGCGGGCACAAGGCGAGCGUGUCGCGAACGCUGGCGGACAUCAUGGCGGCCUUGGGACAUCCCGUCGUCCACUUCCUGUACGCCGACCUGCUCAGUGCCGAGUGGCGUGUCUUCCAGAACUGGAUCGAACUGGGCACCUCGCAGCGCGUCCAUCACCUGGUGGCCAAGGUGCACCUCCAGUGGGCCGGCUUUGAGGUGGGCGGGAGCGACGAGCAGGUGCUCCGCUAUUGGUUCAGCGUCCUGCAGGGACUCCGGGACUCGGGGCUCCGGCUGGUUCACAGCUCCGAGGGAGAGGGUCGGAGUGUCUUGAACCGGAGUGUGAGGGACGCACGCAGCUGCUACACCCUCAGCUGGGUCAACAUGAGACACUGACGUCAGCCUUUGACCAAUCAGAAGUGAGCGUUGAUAUUCCUGUGGGGCAGACCAUUGCUUGUCGGAGGGUGUCUUGCGUAACCACAGCACCAUCUAGUGGCGAUGAUAGGAUGUGCUACUUUAAUGGACUUCCAUAUGCUGCAAUACUGCUGCAUUUAAUGACACAUACGAAACAAGGGGAUACAAAGUUUAGACCCGCCUCUUCUAGAACAUACCCGUGGAAAUCCGAUACUCGAACUGUCAAUCAAGCUGUGCCAUAAACGCCGUAGGGAGCACCUUUAAGAAGACCUGUUCUUCUGUUCCUUGAAUGUAAUUGGAGUUUUAAAUCUCCACCAUCCAAAUGUUUUUAUGGACUUUUCCAUAACUGCACCGAGGAAAAUAUUCAUUGCUGGGUGUGAGAAAAGCCUGUGAAAACUUCAAUAAAGUCUCUAUUUUUAAAUUAUUAGUAGUAUUAUAUUUGUUUUUACAACUGCUAAACUACAAAUGCCUAAACUACAAAUGCAC